CCUGCAUUGGUGGACUUGUCUAGGGGGCAUCCAUCUCUUUCACAAAACUGGAAUGUUAUUGGCCACGGCACUGGGAUUUGUUUCUACUCUUCUUCCCAUCAUCAUCACAUCCCCAGCAAAUACUGCUUUGAUUUCUGUGUGUAAAACCCACAACCUUAAAAUUCUUCCUCGUCAUCAGUACUAGGAUUAGUUGUUGUUCUUAUCCACUUCAUCUUCUGGGCUACCCCCUACUCUCACAGCUAUCUAUCACAAGAUUCUUCAAGCCCAAGGUGUAUAAAGGGAGACAUAAACUCAGAGGAGGGGCUGCAACUGCCAAGAAAAACCCCAGAAUUCUGCAGGUUUUUUACUGCAAUGGAAAAGCUUGUUAAUCCAUAUGAUAAGGAAUCUAUGAAGAUGGCCAUGUUAAAGCAUGAGGAAACCUUCAGAUACCAGGUUUAUGAGCUUCAUCGUCUGUAUCGAAUCCAGAAGGGGCUAAUGAAGAACAUUGCAGAGCAAAAAAGGCAGCAAGAAAGCCAGGGUGCCAAGAAAGCUGCAAUUACCACCAAUUCAAAUGACAAGCAGGAUUCCAGCAAGGGGACUGCAGAAGAGUGCAUUGGGGAGUCUGGCGAUCUGGGAAUCGAAGACGAGAGCGAGCUGGAGCUGACAUUAGGCCCGUCGUGUUACAAUCGCAGGAGGAAAGCAGCAGAGGCGGCUUCAGAUUCUGCUCUCAGCUUUUCCUCUUCCUCCUCAGAUUCUAGCCAUGUGAGAAGGAGCAGUUCAGGGAAGGCUGAGUCAAAUCUUGUUGGUGAAAUAAAAAGCAGAUCCAAUAAUGCUCCUGCUGCAGAGCAGUUUAGACAAGAUAAAAUGAAGAGCCACCCUCCUUGGCUUUUCCAGUUCUUGAGCCUAAACAUGACUUGAAUUGAAGUUUGAAAAACAGAUGAGAAAGCAGGAGAUCAGAAUUCAGAUGAUCAUAACAUGCUAGACUAGCUUCUGUGAUUGUUAAUUGUGUGCAGUUUUUUCUUUCUAUGAGUAGAGCCUUUUUCACAGUUCUCAAUUGUCCAUUUCUUUGCUUUACUAACACGGAUUGGAGCCAAGAAAAUGGCUCAGAUUUGAACAGAUAAACACCACAAUUGUC